ACAAUCUACCAUGGCCACAUCUGGCAGGAUCAGUUUUACAGUGAGGAGCAUUUUGGAUUUACCAGAGCAGGAUGCUAAUAGCAUAAAGCAAGCCUCUGACCAUCACCACUCAGCGGAGAACUACAGCGGCUCGCCGUAUCGAGGCUGGAUAGAAACAGACAGAAAUCACUAUCCCUCUUCCGACGAGAGCGGCCCGGAGAUGAGCUUGCCCGACUCCACCCAAAGGCCCCCCCCCCCCCCCCCCGCCCGCGGCUCGGAGGCCGAGGAGAAGAAGAAGAAGCGGCGGGUGCUCUUCUCCAAGGCGCAGACGCUGGAGCUGGAGCGGCGGUUCCGGCAGCAGCGAUACCUUUCGGCUCCGGAGCGGGAGCAGCUGGCCCGGCUGCUCAGCCUCACCCCCACACAGGUGAAGAUCUGGUUCCAGAACCACCGCUACAAGAUGAAGCGGGCGCGAAGCGAGGGCGCCGGCAGCCCGCAACAGACUGCUUCCAUCCCUCCGACAGCACCUGCGGACCACGGACGCGGAGGGAAUGUCUGGGGCAAAGACCCCACCGGGACUGAUGCAGACAACGCCGAGGAAAAGGUCGACGGAAAGGGACCCGCAAAAGAUAUCUGA